UGCGUUUUUUGCAGAGAGAAGAAGAUAGAUCUCGGUCCUUUGUGAAUUCAUCAAUGGAAUCGGGUUCAGGUGAUGGUUCGACCGUACCGAAGAUGGACGAUUACGAGUCGUUGAUUUCGACGACGGACGUUGAGCAUCUCAAGAGGGUUUGGCGUCGGGAGAAGGCGGCGCCGGAGAUCUUCCAGUUCGAGUCUGCCUUGAUAGGGAGAAUCAAGGAACAGAUCCAGUUGACGGAAGAGACUGUGGAGGAAUUUGUGGAAGCUAAAACUGAUCCACUUACUGUAUCGCUCUACCAAAUGGAUCUGGACAGAACCCAGUUCUUAUUGAGGUCAUAUCUUCGAAUUCGUCUUCAGAAGAUUGAGAAAUACAUGUUCCAUAUCUUAAAAAUGGAUGAGCUCUUUAACCGUCUUUCUAAAGAAGAGAAAUCAUUUGCUGAAAGAUGUUGUGACGACUUAAAGAUGCAUCUUGAAGAUUGUGUUCUCUCAAGAUUGCCCGAUAAUUAUCAGUCCAUACUCAAGCAAUCCAUAAUAAGUGAAGAGACUGACAUGGUCCCAAAACCGCAAUUGGAUACGUUUGUCGUAUGCAAGACCAAGUACUAUCUCGGACAUAUUCAGCUCGAGGAUGGUGAUAAUGGAAAUCCGGAUGACAGAGGAAAUCAGAGACACUUGGAGGAGCCCUUUGAAAUGGAGCCUAACGUUUUGUACUUUGUCCGUUACAAACCGAUAAAGAAGUUUGUAGAAGAAGGGAAGAUUGAUUUGUAUUGACUAACUCUAUUCCAAUUUCCAACCAUUCAAGGAAAAAUGGGCAAGUGGAAGGUGUUAUAUCAUAGUUGGCCCUCUCCACUAGAUAUUUUGGUAACUUCUAUUUGACGUCUUACCAAGCUAUUAAGAAAUUGUGAAAUGUGGAUGUAAUAUUACUGAUUUUCAGCCUUCGGAUAUGCAAAUGAACUUGUUCUUUGUCCUAUAAAGGAUGUA